GUGGUUCACUGACGAAGAACACGCUUCUGACUGUCUGUUGCUCUGAGCUGCAUCCAGACUUAGGCCGGGCUCUGGCACCAUGUCAUCUUCCGAACCCGGGGCGGGGGAGGUGAUCGAGGAGGCCCUGGUUUGGCAGCCGCGCAUGCGCGGGGGAAGGAUCUUGUACCUGACAGACUGGAUUUGCAGUCGAGAAAGCGAGCUCUCCCGCCUCGAGCUGGACGAUGAUCAUGUGACCUUCGUCCUCCACACACCGAGUGCAGCAGAAGGCGGCGACAGUGUUCCGAUGGAGAGGUCAACGGAUAACGUCAAGUGUGCCGACGUCAAUGAGCUGAACUUUCCUCCGGGUUCUUUCGAGAUGGUCGUGGGUGCUUGGAUCCUCACUUGCCUCAGCGACAUCCAAGCGCAUGAUUUCUUGCAUCGGGUUCUCGAGUGGCUGGUGCCUGAGGGUUACUUUGUCUUCAGAGAGGCGUGUGACUUCCACGAAGGCCCCAGGCAUUCCAACAGCACGCUGCCAAGGUCUGUGGUGUCUUACUGCCAGAUGCUGCAUUCGGUCAGUGUCGGUUCCUCCGGAUUCACCGUCUUGCAGGCUAAAAGUUUACUGUCAUACAUCACUUAUGAGGGGGACCCUGUCAAGAUAUGCUUUCUGGCCCGGCGGUCGGAGGAAGGCAGCGCAACCCAACACGCCGUGGACAUUCGGUAUUCCGAGUCCUUCAUCCUUAAGCUAGAGUGGUUGCUCGGUCACACUUGGGUCUCCACUGGAGGCGAGUCAACCACCAGG